GCGCGCGUCGCUGCCAGAGAGGAAUGUGCGCGUCAAGUUGAACCGUGCCCGCAGUGUCGUAGUGUGGAACGUGGGACUCGCUAGCCGCGGUCUCUAAGAAUAAGGGAUCGUGAACUUCCUCAGAGGUGUAGAUGACGGACUUGAAGUGACUCGCCGGACUGGGAAGGAAGCGUUGAGCGGCAAAGAGGGAGACGCGAGGCGGAGUGUCGCGAUGGCCGAGGCGUGCGGGUGUCGGCGGGGCGUGUCCCGCGGCUGCCUGCUGCUGCUGCUGGCGACGCAGGCGGGCGUCGCCUGCUGGCUGUACGCCUACAUCGGCCGCGUGGACAGCCGCUGCGGCGCUGGCGGCGAGGCCCACCGGGCCAGGAGGGCCGCCGGCGACCCACUGGUGGAGGACAACGCCGUGAGCUCCAGCGAGCCCAGCGUGGAGUUCGUGGGCCCGGCGGGGGUCGGGGCGAGAACCCCCGGCGCGGAGGGCGAGUCGCCGCCCGACUCCUGGGUGUGGCUCACCGCCUACUCCAGGAUCCCGGUGAAGGCGAUCCAGGGCUUCUGCUCGGCCACGCAGGAGUACUGCCCGCCGGGCGAGAAGGGCUCGCAGGGCGCAGGGGGCCCGCCGGGCCCGCGGGGCGCGCAGGGCUCCAAGGGGGACCGCGGGGACCGAGGACUGCCGGGCGCGCCGGGACCCCGGGGGCCGCACGGCCCGCACGGGGACCCGGGAGCGCGCGGGCCCAAGGGCGAGGCGGGGCUGCCAGGCUCGCCGGGCCUGGACGGCAGAGACGGAGUCCCUGGCGAGCCGGGGCUGGAUGGCAUCCCGGGCAGGAACGGCCAGAACGGCGUGCCCGGGCUGGACGGCACCCCGGGCCUCAACGGACUCAACGGCCGCCACGGCUUCAACGGCACGGACGGUCGCCCAGGGACACAAGGCCCGCAGGGUCCCCCAGGACCUAAGGGAUCCAGAGGUAUCGCCGGGCCGCGGGGCAAGCCGGGGCGCCCCGGCCUGAACGGGGUCCCUGGCAUCCCGGGGGUCACCGCCUGGAAGCACUCCGCCAACGGCAGCGACAGCGGCGAGCUGCUCAUCCCGCCCGCCAUCGCAGGGAUGGGCUCGCAGCUCCCGCCCCGACCCACCGUCGUGCACGAGGGCGAGAACGUGCGCCUGCGCUGCGCCGCCGCGGGCACCCCGCGCCCCGCCGUCGAGUGGAGGAAGCUGGACGGCUCCGUCAUCCCCAUGGGCUCCUGGCAGGCCAUGUCGGUGUCGGGACACACGCUCAACAUCACGCGCAUCACCAGGGCGCACAUGGGCACGUACCUCUGCCUGGCCGUGAACGGCGUGCCGCCGCCCGCCAACAUGACCUUCACGCUAGAGGUACACUUCCCGCCGCUGAUCCGCAUCCUGAACCAGAUGGUGGGCGCCGCGAACGGCUCGACGGCCGUGCUGGAGUGCGAGGUGGAGGCGUUCCCCGAGGCCGUGCGCUACUGGGAGCGCGCCGACGGCCGCCUGCUGGAGCCGGGCGACAAGUACUCCACCCGCGACCGCGACGACGGCCAGUACAAGGCGUACAUGCAACUGAACGUGAGUCGCGUGGAGGCGGCGGACCUGGGGCUGUACCACUGCAUCGCCAAGAACGCCAUGGGCAUCACCAAGGGCGUGUUCACGCUGUUCGAGGUGGACCCGCGGCUGGCGACGCCGCCGCCCGUGCAGGUGACCGCGGGCCAGGGCGCCGCCGUGUACGGCCAGCGGCCGCCCACGCCCGUCUCCCUGGACGACCUCUGCCCCUCGCCGCCGCCCUGCCCCAAGUGCGCCGCCCCCGGCGAGGCGCGCUGCCACGACGGCGGCGUGUCCCUGCUGCGGCUCGUCGGCCGCAUGGAGGUGCGGCCGCUCGGCAACGCCUCGUACCCGGGCCUGCCGCCGCGCCAGAUGGACUGCCAGCUGUACGCGGUGGGCAAGCCGGUGUACAACCGCUACACGGAGGCGAGCUUCGGCUGCUGGAUUCGCGACCCGAGCCCCGGCAACUGCCAGCUGUACGCGGUGGGCAAGCCGGUGUACAACCGCUACACGGAGGCGAGCUUCGGCUGCUGGAUGCGGGACCCGAGCCCCGGCAACUGCCAGCUGUACGCGGUGGGCAAGCCGGUGUACAACCGCUACACGGAGGCGAGCUUCGGCUGCUGGAUGCGGGACCCGAGCCCCGGCAACUGCCAGCUGUACGCGGUGGGCAAGCCGGUGUACAACCGCUACACGGAGGCGAGCUUCGGCUGCUGGAUUCGCGACCCGAGCCCCGGCAACUGCCAGCUGUACGCGGUGGGCAAGCCGGUGUACAACCGCUACACGGAGGCGAGCUUCGGCUGCUGGAUUCGCGACCCGAGCCCCGGCAACUGCCAGCUGUACGCGGUGGGCAAGCCGGUGUACAACCGCUACACGGAGGCGAGCUUCGGCUGCUGGAUGCGGGACCCGAGCCCCGGCAACUGCCAGCUGUACGCGGUGGGCAAGCCGGUGUACAACCGCUACACGGAGGCGAGCUUCGGCUGCUGGAUGCGGGACCCGAGCCCCGGCAACUGCCAGCUGUACGCGGUGGGCAAGCCGGUGUACAACCGCUACACGGAGGCGAGCUUCGGCUGCUGGAUGCGGGACCCGAGCCCCGGCAACUGCCAGCUGUACGCGGUGGGCAAGCCGGUGUACAACCGCUACACGGAGGCGAGCUUCGGCUGCUGGAUGCGGGACCCGAGCCCCGGCAACUGCCAGCUGUACGCGGUGGGCAAGCCGGUGUACAACCGCUACACGGAGGCGAGCUUCGGCUGCUGGAUGCGGGACCCGAGCCCCGGCAACUGCCAGCUGUACGCGGUGGGCAAGCCGGUGUACAACCGCUACACGGAGGCGAGCUUCGGCUGCUGGAUGCGGGACCCGAGCCCCGGCAACUGCCAGCUGUACGCGGUGGGCAAGCCGGUGUACAACCGCUACACGGAGGCGAGCUUCGGCUGCUGGAUGCGGGACCCGAGCCCCGGCAACUGCCAGCUGUACGCGGUGGGCAAGCCGGUGUACAACCGCUACACGGAGGCGAGCUUCGGCUGCUGGAUGCGGGACCCGAGCCCCGGCAACUGCCAGCUGUACGCGGUGGGCAAGCCGGUGUACAACCGCUACACGGAGGCGAGCUUCGGCUGCUGGAUGCGGGACCCGAGCCCCGGCAGUCCUGGAGCCGCAACUGGAAUCAGGGCAGUGUUCAGACUGCAGCCGACGGUGCGAGGUUGUACACCGUGUUCCAGACUGCCAGCUGUACGCGGUGGGAAGCCGGUGUACAACCGCUACACGGAGGCGAGCUUCGGCUGCUGGAUGCGGGACCCGAGCCCCGGCAACUGCCAGCUGUACGCGGUGGGCAAGCCGGUGUACAACCGCUACACGGAGGCGAGCUUCGGCUGCUGGAUGCGGGACCCGAGCCCCGGCAACUGCCAGCUGUACGCGGUGGGCAAGCCGGUGUACAACCGCUACACGGAGGCGAGCUUCGGCUGCUGGAUGCGGGACCCGAGCCCCGGCAACUGCCAGCUGUACGCGGUGGGCAAGCCGGUGUACAACCGCUACACGGAGGCGAGCUUCGGCUGCUGGAUGCGGGACCCGAGCCCCGGCAACUGCCAGCUGUACGCGGUGGGCAAGCCGGUGUACAACCGCUACACGGAGGCGAGCUUCGGCUGCUGGAUGCGGGACCCGAGCCCCGGCAGCGACCUGCAGGCCGAGAAGCUGUGGGUGACCACUGAGGCCGACGACCACCACUUGUACGAGUACGCCAACAAGAGCCUGUUCCGCAAGGAGGCGCACUCCAAGAAGUACCGCCUGGACCACCCCUUCAAGGGCAACGCGCACGUGGUCUACAACGGCUCGUUCUUCUACAACGAGCGCGACAAGCCGCGCCUGCUCAAGUUCCACCUGAAGACGGAGAGCUACGAGCACCUGGACGUGCCCUGGCUGUCCGUCAACUCGUCCAACUACCUGUACACCACCAGGAACAACUACCUGGACCUGUCGGCGGACGACAACGGGCUGUGGGUGGUGUACGGCCUGGCCGACUCCAACAACACCGUGGUGCUCAAGGUGGACCCGGCCGCCAUGAAGGUCCAGUACGCGUGGAACAUCAGCGUGGACCACCACGUGUUCGGCGAGAUGUUCGUGGUGUGCGGCGUGCUGUACGCCGUGGACAGCGUGGGCGAGCGGCACACCAAGAUCAGGUUCGCGCUGGACCUCUACAAGAACAACCUGCUGGACGUGAACCUGCCCUUCACGAACCCCUUCACGAGGACCACCAUGAUCGGCUACAACCACAGGAGCAAGGAGCUGUUCACGUGGGACAAGGGCAACCAGCUGACCUACCCGGUGCGCUACCACGAGAUCGGCUACAACCUCACGAAGGAGGAGCGGCCCGAGGCGGGCACGAGCGCCCAGGUGAAGACCGGCGUGGAGGUGGAGCGCCUGCCGCCGCCCCAGGGCUCGGCGCGCCCCAGGCGGGACGCCGCCCCCGCCCCGUGACGCCGGAGGCGGCCCGCCCCCUCCUCCGCCACCCGAGCUGCGCCGACCCCCGAACGUCCCCGAACACGUCCGCAGUCCGCCGUCACUUCGCGUUCCGAGUGAAACGCGCCAUUCAUGCUGAAACGCGUGGGUCCGCCGUGUUGACGACUUCGGUUCGGCGGUGGCGAUGACGGGUUCUACCGCCUGUGGGCCUCGUUCCGGUGUUCUCAAAUACUAACGACAAGCCACACUUCGUCGCUUAUGUCAGAGUAUUUUCAAUGUCGCUGAACCCAACCAAUCUUACGAUCACCCUAACCGAGGAAGACCCACCCUUACGAGAGAAAAAAAAAAAUCUAAAACCAAGAGUUAUUUGCAGUAAUUUUCAUACUUUAACUAAUAUUUGAAGUAUUAUUUAUGUCUCUCACCAAACCUAACCUUACUUUAAUUUUAUUUACGACUGGUGAAAAUCUGCCCUUCCGAAAAAAAUAUAGUGAAAGAUUUUUUUUAAAAUUUUAUUUAUGUAGCACACCUAACCUAAGCUACGAGUUAUAUUUACACCAGACAUAAAAUAAAAAAGAUUCCGAAUCUGCACGAACGCGGCUUAUUCGGACGUCUGACUCGGGGUCGAUGAAUAGAAGGUUCAUCCUCAAGCGCUCGUCGGCGGCUUCCUCGCCGUACGUGACACCUGUUGGAGCUUGUGCGAAGAAAUUCAACGCUUGAAAGUGUAACUGAGGAAGAAAGGCGUACUUUCAGCAGAGGCAAUCGAAUGAAUACAUGACACGCAUUACUUUCUGUUUUUUUUUUUUUUUUUUGUUAUUUUAAGUGAAACGUAUGUAAAUUAUGAUUUGUUUCGCCGUUUGUUGUAAUUGUCUCCCUGACCACUCGAUAGCCAACCACCACACCUCUUUACCUGUAACGUUUCGACACGUGAUUAGUUUUACUUCUUUUUUUUUUUCACCCCCGCGCGAGCCACGCACCCAUUGGCCGAGUGUUCGAAGCACGAGUUCUUCCAGGUGCAGUCUGCAAAUUCCGGCGCAUCCUUUGUCGUUCAUCAAGUUCACGACAUACCGGCUGUAGCUCUCGGCCGAGACCCCAAUGCUGAGUUUUUGUACUUUCAUUCACACGCAGUUUAGUUCUUUACAGCCUCAAGACUCGGUAUCACCCGCCAUGUUAUUUCCUCCCUUUUUUGUUAUUACUAUUUUUAAGGGCUAAUUCUUUUGAAUUAACCCCGGUAGCAGUCCAGAAUCAAGUUUCGUUACAAUUAUAUAUACAGUAGGGCAAAAAAACAAAACAUGUAAUGGUUUAGAACAACUAUAUUCACUCACUUGUCAUUUUACAGUUUCAGAAAUACGUUUAUUUAGUGUUGUUUAUGAUGAAAUUUACAAGCAAACAAAUAUUCAAGAAAGCUGUUGUGAUAUAUCUGAAGGAAUAGCCAAUAAAAGACAGAAAAAUACAAGGUGUGUGGAAUCGAGCCUAAAUUUGCUAGUCUAGUCAUUCUGCGUUUUUCUUAUUUAUUAUUUAAUACCUUCGACAGGCUCGUAUACUAAUUUAGCUGUCUAAAAUAUCCAUCAACACUGCCCCCACGACCAGCAGUGUAAGAAAUAACUAUUUUUACUUACAAACAUGACCCAUUUGAUUACUAUAACAAUUUUAUUUUUAAGUUUCUUAGCUUUGGACCCACAAUUAAAUAAUAAUUCGUUACGGUUCGACAUAAAUAAUGGUAUGUAUAAACAAAAAACCUAUUAAUAAGUAGAAAGCACUAACUAAAACAUAUUAUACAAACCUAAUUUAAAAAACGAAAUGAAUUCACGUUGUGUUUUUCAGAAUAUAAUGUAUCUUGAAGUCAUAAGAAUUGAGUUAAUUUAGUUUUCUAAAUGGGAAAUAUGUGUCGCCACAAUUAGCGUUUGAAAUAAGAUAAUUUCAACUUUCAGUUACAAAAUAAAAUCUUAAAGCAAAUAAAAUUUCUAGAAAUAAUUUUAUCAAAUAUACUUCAUAACGUUUUUUGGAAAACAAAAAUAAUUAGAUUCAUGAAAAAUAAAUACAAUUUUUAUGAACUUGUCGUAAGUGUUUUAACCAUUUAUAGCAACGUAAAAUCAUUAAGUUCGUGAGCUGUUGGACCUUAACAACUUUAUACACAUUUUUUUUAUAAAUUUGAAAAGGCUUAUAAUACGUAAAGCCUAUGCUAUAUCAGACAAAACGUUUACUGUGACUGAACUCAGCGGUCCUCUUUAUUAACAAGUAUAAAUGCGUUUUGAAUUUUUUCUAAUUGGUCAGUUAAAAAAUUCCAAUUUAUAAAGUUCACAAUAAAUUAAAAUAUGCUAAUUUUACAUUUGAUUCAAGUUUAGUAUAUAUUAAUAUAUAACUGAUUUUCCCCAUAUUUCAACAUUUACUAAAUAAUAUUUAUGGUACCAACAUCGCCUACCUUUCUUAUAAGUAUACAGGUCGUUGUUUGUUGAAAAAAGCAGUAAUUAUUAAUUAACCGUUGUUCACACUUGGAAGGAUUUAAAUGAGUGUAUGGUUUCAUGAAACAUAUUUUCACGGCGUAAGAAUGAGAAGUAAAUUCAAAAUGAAAAUAGAAAACAAAAUAUCUCUUGUAAAACCCUUUCAGUAUACCGAGUCUUAAAGGCAAGUUAAAAUAACAAUAAGUUAUAAUAACGUUUGACAUCCGCCCUAUUGGUUUCCCUUAAAUCAUGAUUUUAAUCACUUUUAUUGAGAUAUGCAAAUAUCAUACGAUAGUAAAUCGAUUAUUAUUUGUGUACUCUUUACUCUUUAAAACUUUACCUGUUAGCAGGUAGAGACCUUCAAACAUCUAGCCCAUAUUUUACCAAAUUUUUAUGCUAUCUAAUAUUUUGUUCAUAUAGGUACUGUUGGUUAUUUCUGCAGGCGUUCAAAACAUUGACACAUUUUGUCCCAAAAGGGUCUUACCUUGUUUGCAUACUUAUCUAAGAAUUUCACACAAAUGUUUUUGUGGCGUGUUGUUCUACUUUAAAUCGGUCACAGUGCGGCAUAUAUUACAGACAUAAUAUCGUACCAAACGAAAUUUAUACGCAGAUGUAUUUAUAUUUAAGUAGUCAACUUUGUUAUUUACUUGUGGUCCCUUCUCAGUUCAUAAACUUCUGUUUUGCAGUUAAGGUUUUACUUAAUAAGAAUUAUUUUAAUUUGCUGUCUUUAGAUAUAUUAUUUUCGUUUAUGUUGUGAAUUCAAUUCUUGCUCCUAACUUACAAGGAUGUGUGCUUAUUUGAAAAAUAAUGAAGUUCAUACAAACUAUGUGAGCGUAUCUGAGACUUAUAUGUGGUGUGAAAAUCCCAACUGGGCCAUGACAAGCCUCUAUAAAUUACACAGUUUCACCAUCAAACAAUAAUAUUAGACUAGGUGAAUUUUGCUGAGAAUAUGUUACGACGAUUACAAACUCUUUCAGUGCAUUGAUGGCUCUGUAAUAUUAUAAUCAGGUAUAUUACUCUGUGAUUUUGUUUUGUUUCUUUUUUUUAUUUUGCUUAGGCUUUAUAGAGUUGUGCAGUAAGCAAUCAGAAUCGUCAUUCCAAAUAAAAAAUUUGUAUGCUUUUGUUUAUGAAAGGGAUUCUUUCUUGAAAGAGACUACUUAACUAUUUCGUAAAUACAAUUUAUUUUACCAGUAUGUAAAACAAAAAAAAAAAAGGUGUCAUAAGAAUUUUAAUAAUGUAAAAACACAAAAUAAUGAAACAUGCAUUGACUUGGAGCUCUCUGGACCGAUAAUAUGAUAAAACAUAACUGACGACUGUCCAACCCCAAGAAAUAAAUAAUAUUACUGGUGAAGUGUACAAGUAUGAGAAACACAAUGGAACAAUCAAAGUGAUUUUUUAUUAAUUGAGGAAGUUUUGCCAUAUGUCCCAUGAAAUCUAGCUAGAAGGGAAUAGUCACUAAUAAAGUGUAAUAAAAUAAAUAUUUUAAGUUUUGUGCAUGAUUAUUACACGAAGAAACUUAAGUUUUAUAUUACUUGAAAAUUAAAACAAAAUGGCUUAUUGAAGGCACAAAGGUAAUCUAUUGCCUGACAACAUAAAUUUGUAAUAUUUAAAAGAGAAUAAUUGAGACAAAUGUGUGUAAAUAUAUCAGAAAUAUGCUUGACUCAAUGUUAUGUUCAGCUAACAUAAAGAAUCUUUAUACAAUAAGAAAA